AUGAUGAAGCCGGUGAUGAGUCGAGCGAUUUCACUGAGGAUUGAGCCCUUAAUCCGAUUACCAUGGCGCCGCAAUUUCUCCGUCUCCCCAAGGCACUAUGAAAUUAGAGACAUUGAAUCUCUUCCCAGGCGCCUGAUUCCUAGUUACCAGGAGUCUAAUGAGAAUGACCUUCUUUCCCUUCGAUGGCCGACACCCCCGCGGAAUGUAUUUGUUGUGAAGAAGGAUUGUGCGCCAAAAGUGACUGAGUGUCUGAUCGAGUUUAUAAGUCACACGACCUCAACUUAUCCAAAUAUUGCUGUUAUUUUGGAGCCCAAGGUUGCGGAGGAAAUACACUCGUCGUUGCUACUUCCUGUUUACUCGGCACCUUUGGAGAGACUAUCAUCCGCACUGCAUAAAAAGGUUGACCUUAGUGUUACACUCGGCGGGGACGGGACGAUUUUGCAUGCCUCGUCAUUAUUUGCCACGUGUGUCAAUGUUCCACCGAUGCUGUCGUUCAGCAUGGGUACGCUGGGAUUCUUGGGCGAAUGGAAAUUCGCAGAAUAUAAGCGUGCAUUUCGCGAAGUGUACAUGUCUGGCGCGGGAGUGGGAGAUCGCGCGUCUGUCCUUGGGGACCCUCAGUUUUCGAGUGCUGUGGAGCAGUUGGAGAGCACCACGGGGUGGUCAUCGGUUCGUGGCAAGUCCAUGGGUGUGAACCGUGGAGCUCGUAUCUUGAUGCGCAACCGCCUCAAGGUUGGGUUAUUCGCUCCUGACGGGAAUCCCGUCGAUGUAGACAAGUGUUCCGAACCAAACCAAGGGGUAGGAAGCGAAGGGCUGUAUGUCAUGAACGAACUACUCCUCCAUCGUGGAAAGGAGCCGCAUCUGGCUAUAGUGGACGUAUAUGUGGGAGGACGAUUUCUCACGGAAGCCGUCGCAGAUGGUAUCAUCAUUUCCACGCCCACUGGAAGUACGGCCUACAGUCUUAGCAGUGGCGGCAGCAUCGUGCACCCGCUGGUACCGGCGGUGCUUCUAACCCCAAUUUGCGCUCGAAGCCUCAGUUUCCGGCCUUUGGUUCUACCAGCUAGCACGUCGAUUACACUUCGUCUAAGCGAGAAAAACCGGGGACGCGAGCUAGAAGUCAGCAUCGAUGGAGUCAACAUGACCCAAGGGAUGACAGCGGGAAUGGAAGCUCGCGUGUGGAAUGAGGAGAUGCGACAUGGCAAGAAUGAGUGGCAGGGUGGGGUGCCGUGCGUGAUGCGGAGGAUCAUGGGCGGUGAAGCUCAUGACAGUGAAGCCCAUGAUGGAUGGGUAGGAGGGUUGAAUGGACUGCUCAAGUUCAAUUAUCCUUUCGGGGAGUAG